CAAAUUCAAACAAAGUAUUUUGUCAAAGUGUACUUCUGUUCUUGGGAAGUUAGUUGAAAUACGCAACCAAAUAUUAAGACAGAGCUGGUUAAUCGCACAAAAUGGCAGCGCGGGGUCGAUAUUUUAAUCGACAGGGCUCUACAGGGAAUCAAAAUCAUGGAUCCCCUUUGCCAAUGUCUGGUUCCAAUAACUAUGGAUCUCAUAGGAAUAAUGAUAACAGUUCUCCUCGACCCUCAAGUGGAAGUAGUUAUUCGAGCAUGAAUGAUCCAACGCGUGGACCAAGACCAAAUCAGCCAGUCUGUAUCGGUGAAGAGGUCAAGAUUGGGAUACAUUUAGCAUUUGAAAGAUUCAGGCUCAAUCCUGAACAGAAAGAGUUAGAGUUUCCAUCAUCUUUAACAGCUACAGAGAGAGCUUAUAUCCACAGAUUGUGUGAAGAUUAUAAUCUCAAGUCUAAGAGUCAUGGUAAAGGUGCCUCAAGAUGUCUGACAAUUUACAAGAAAGAAGGUAACCAAUCAUCUGGUACAUCAGUCACGUUUCAGUUAGCCAGAAACUCACGACAUCAGAUAUUAAGUUUGAUGCAGCGUUUUCCUCUGACUAACAAAGAAAGACAAGAACUACAGCCUAAAACACACAAGUCAACAGUUAAUGAAAUUAUCAAGGAUCUGAACUACAAGACGACCACAGGCCGAUUAAAUAAUGGUGUCCCACAGAUACCCCCACAGAGAGGUAACUCUGAUCUGAAUAGUUUCCGUGAAAGUUUACCGAUACAGGAAUAUCAAGAAGAUAUUAUACAUACGAUUAAUCAUAAUCAGGUGGUUCUCGUAUCGAGUGAGACAGGAUCAGGUAAAACAACACAGGUACCCCAGAUGAUAUUAGACGAUUGUUUUGCUAACAGUAAACCCUGUAGAAUAUUCUGUACCCAGCCCAGACGUAUAGCAGCCUUGUCUAUAGCUGAACGAGUUGCCGCGGAACGUGGAGAAAAAAUAGGUCAAACUAUCGGUUAUCAGAUCAGACUAGAAAGCAAAGUUUCACCAAAGACAUUGCUGACUUUCUGUACAAAUGGUGUGUUGCUACGAACACUAAUGGGAGGUGACUCUUCCCUGACAGCUGUCACUCACAUACUCGUCGAUGAAGUUCAUGAACGAGACAGAUUCAGUGAUUUCCUGCUAAUCGUUCUACGUGAUGCUUUAGUCAAAUAUAAAAAUCUACGUCUAGUUCUAAUGAGUGCUACGUUAAAUACUGAUUUAUUCCUACAGUAUUUUAAUCGGUGUCCUAUAGCGUUAAUACCUGGUACGUUAUUUGAUGUGCAAGAGUUUUUCUUAGAAGAUAUAUUAAAAUGGACUGAAUAUUCCAACAAGAAAAUGUUAAAGUUUAAAAAAGAACAAUACAAAGUUGAGAAACAGCAAGAACAAUUAAGUGAAUGGUGUCAUCAUGAGAUGAUAAACGAUGAUAAACCAUCAACAACAUCAGUGACAGAUAGUGCUAUAGACAUCAACACUAAUACUCACUUAGAUGAACAACAACUAGAAUUAGGACAAGAAUGUGAUGAGUUAGAAGAUUGGGUGAUACAGGAAAUGGACAGAUUAUUAGGGGAAUUGUGGUUAACAGGAAAUGAAGAUCUCUUUUCACAAGUCUUCCAUCUUAUUUUGAGUGAAAAUGUUAGUGUUGAUUAUAAACAUUCUGAGACGAGUGUCACUCCAUUGAUGAUAGCGUCUGGUAGAGGAUUCUCUAAUAUUGUAGAAAAAUUAUUAAGUCUCGGCGCCAAUAUUAAUAUAAAGGCAUCAAAUGAGUGGACAGCUCUGGAUUGGUCAAAAAAGUUUGAACAGAAUGAUAUAGUGGAUAUGCUUGAAGGUCACUUAUCGACUCUAGAGUUAGGAACUGAAGAAUCUGUCAAUCAAAAGAAUGAUGAAACUAUAUCUACAGAAGAUCGAGAAUUAUUAAAAACGUAUCAACAUAGUUUUGAUGAUGAGAAAGUUGAUAUAGAUUUAUUGUCUAUUUUAUUGUAUAAAAUACAUACAUCACAACCAGAAGGUGCUGUAUUAGUAUUUUUACCUGGUUACGAUGAUAUUGUUGCUUUAAGAGAUAGAGUUUCAGAAGAUAAAAAGUUUGAACAAUCAAGAUAUGUUUUAUAUGUUCUUCAUUCAUCCAUCCAGUCAUCCGAUCAAAAACGGGUAUUUAAACAACCUCCCGCAGGUGUUAGAAAAAUUAUUUUAUCAACUAAUAUAGCUGAAACUAGUAUUACUAUUAAUGAUGUUGUCUAUGUUGUUGACUGUGGUAAAGUGAAAGAGAAAACGUUUGAUGCCCUGUCUGGUAUAACCAUGCUAAAGAGUAACUGGAUAUCGAAGGCUAGUAGUCAGCAGAGGAAGGGAAGGGCUGGAAGAUGUCAUCCUGGCAUCUGUUAUCAUCAUAAAUGGCUAGAAGAUGAUAAUUUAUGA